AGCGACAACCCUGAACAACCACUCCAACCUGAAUGGAAUGUGAUGGAAAUGGAAUUACACAACGCCUCAACAACUUUCCAGAACACCUUUGCCGAAUUCAAUGAUGGUACCAUCACCACCUCGGUCCUGACACCUGUUGAACCCCCCAUGACCGCUGAAUCGGAUGUUCCAGUUAGGUCGGGCUAUUACAGGAUGCAUGGCCACCAACGCAAGUGGAAGAAGCCCAAGAAUCGAUGCCCCAAGGGUGAUGUGUUUGAGCAAUACGGUUUUUUUGGGAGGAAGAAGGAGCUGAGGAAGGUGUACUUGCAAACGCGUCCAUGGCAGGAGGAUCACCUACUCCAAGUUACCUCACAAGAAUUAAUCACGAUUAUUAAUUAUGGCAGGAGGAUCACCUACUAUGAGGUGGAAUGGGAGAGUGAAAAAGGCAAGCCUGAUUCGUCGUGGGAGAGUUGGAAAAGGCUGCACAAGUGCGCUGAGGCAAAACACUUGUACAGGAUCGGCAACAGGUUUUGAAGAACCUACCUCCUUUCUUUCUGUUGGUACGAGUUUUUUAUUGCUGUUAGUACCGUUUAGAGGGGGGAGAGUGUAGUGUGUCGAACCACA